AUGCUGCACAUCAAGAACCCCAAACGCUACAAGACCUCGAUCCGCAUACACGAUCCUGAUAACCCGCGACUAUGGCGCCCUGCCGUCACAACGACGCAUACCGACCUCCGAUACAGCUUUAAUGCUCCCACGACAAGACGUUUGAUGCAGCAGGGCGAUCGAGAACGGGCCGCAGUCAGACACAGGGAUGCCGAUGUAGGCCCUAGCGAGGCCACCCCGGAAACCUUGGCUGAGGCGGCCUCGGGCUCGUGUCCCGAUAAAGAUCACAACGAUUACAAAGAUCUCGAUCAGCGUGAUGCUGGGAGUUAUCACGCGGGCUCCUCCGACUGUAAGUGGCCUCAUUAGAUGUACGUUUUAAAAUUCCGUUCGAACCUCAGGUCUCGGCGCUCACAUCCGUCCAACCUACCUUAGACACGAGCCGUCAGCCACUAGCCUUGUAGGUUCGAGCGUGUCGUUUUUUUCUUCUUCUCGUUCUCAGGGCUCUUGCUGAGAUGUCACGGUAUUUAACAUCUGUUCGUGGUGUAGAUCUUCUUCGACUGUUCGCCCCCUUCUCCACAAACAAGUGCCUCCUCGCCGCACUGUCCGAAGUUAUGCCCUGAAUACCUGGCUGGCGAACGCGAAUUGGAGAUGUGUGGUGCGCAAGCUGGUGGACGAAUUCCUCAUAGCAAUAGCGGAUGAUCAAGAGUAUACUCCGCUGCGAAGUGUGCCUCCGGGCUCGAACAAGGCGAUGGAUGUCAAUUUGAUCGACUUCUCGGGUGAGCCUAAUUGAUCGGGUUCCGCACAUCAAUGAAUCCUUUGAAAAAGCUCUACGUUUUGCUAACCGACGUCGCCGUUUUGACAUACCCAACAGCACAGCAAAGAAAGAUCUCAUUUGUGCCAAGUAAAAAAGGUGCAAUCUCCGAUCUCCUGGCAGCUGGAUACAUGCCUGCAACGCCGGCCGCACCACGAUAUGCUUUCUUCAUUCCGUUUAUCAAGAGCCACAUGGCUUCUCUCUACGACACCAAGGCGACUCCGAAUGUUGAAUCGGAUCUCCUAGAUCCAAAUCCCCGUGUGAGCACCAUCACUCUGCAUAGGAGAUCGCAACAUGAACACUUUCGAGGACGCUGACACGCGCGCCACGACCCUCGUUUUCUGCAGACGCGCAUGUCGCCCCACUUGUCAAAACACUUCUCGGACGCACUGGCUGCCUUCCGACUCUUUGCGGCUUACGUCGACAGCGCGAUCCCUCCAGCCAGGCAGUUUGCACUGAGGUGUCCUGCAUGCCACCACAAGGUGAGCGACCUGAUGCGGUGCUUGGCUUCCACCCCACUCAUGUGCCUUUGCCGGACUUUCCAAACUUUAGAUCCAAGAGGAGCCCCCACUGGAGUACACCGCCCAAGUCGCGAUUGACGGCAAUGCCUCGCAAAAGCGUCUGAAGACCAGAUACUCUAAAGUUGGACAGCACAUCCACCCCGACCAGCACACCUUUAUGUCAAAGCUGUUCAUCCCGCCGGAGAUUGUCGACAAAAGCGAUAUCAUCGCUGUAAGUCUGUGCUCGUCUACUGAGUUCAGAAGUGCUUUCAUUUUUCUGACUGAGAUGUCCUCAUAUGACUUUUUCUAUCCGCUAACAUUAUCACCGCUUGGCCCUCGCAGACUCGUAAUGGUUAAGUUCGUCGUAUCGUUGCAAUCAAGAAGAAGGCCGAAGGAGACACAGGCGCUUGCGCAUCAGCCUCGCGGUCCGAGCAGGUGCGUCGGUUCUACGUGACGGUGCCCCUGUUUUUGGCGAAGCAAAUUGACUUUGACGUGUAUCCAGAGUGGUGGGGCCUCCUCAGGCUGGGACGAGACCGGAAUCGUUGCUGCCGUAUGUCGCCAUGGGGUCGUAUUGGCGGCAUGCGAUAUAAUCCAAAGCGGAGAGAGGUGAGCUCGGUGCGAGGCUGAAAGCCCCGCUCGGCUGUCCAUUUGACCGCAAUGCUUGGCUCGCUGGUGCAGUUCGAAAUACCCGCUUGCCCUGAUCCAACAAGUGCGCGAAGCAUUCUCACCGGGCGAUCGCCUGUUGAUAGGCUAUGACACUGGCUGUGUCCUCGCCAAGACGUUCGAGACAGCGGAGUCGAUUGAGAAAGGCCAACGUGACCCCGACGCCUCAAGCGCUUCGGGACAAGCGGCUGCCAAACCGGCCGUGACUUUUUGCUGCGGAGUCUGGCAAGGAUAUACUCAUAGCCACCCGUGCCAGGUAAGUAUCGAGCUCUAUGGAAUUUGCGCAUCAUAAUUUCGCCGGACUAACGCGAGUCCAUCACUUCAUUACUGUGCUUUCACAGCUACAAUCACACCCACGCUUCAUAGACGCCGCGGGACUCGAAGACUUUGAAGGCUGUGAACAGCUCUGGUCCUUCCUCGACGGCUUUGCCGGGUCAACGCGCCUAGCAACAAAGUACAAUCGAAGGAGCACCCUUCAUCACGCCAUCAUGUACUCAAACCAUCGGGUCCUGAUGCGUCUAGGUCAGUUAGUAGCUCUUCACUGCUCAGCCCCCCAAACUAAAUGGCAUUCGCGCCUUUGCCUUCAGAUACUUGGCUGUCAGAUCGAUGGAAGUCCUCUUCGGCGGAAGCAAUCGCCAGUUUUGAGGCAAUCCGCUUGCUGGCUGAACAGUUUACCUCGGAAGACGCUUGUGUGGACGCGGGCCAAAUGUGGCUUGAGCAAGAGCGUCAAUACUUCAUGCACAAUGCCACGACUCCAUCAAGCAAGCUCACUGCACGAGAUUUGCGGGAGAGGGAGCUUUUGGAAGCGCUUGAGAACCGUGACAAGAUGUUGGGAGGGCAGAGUUCCGGGUGAGUUGACCCCGGUUGAGCCUCUGAGUGAUUUUUGACUGGCUCUAAUUCCCCAUUAACAACUCGACAGCAUCCCUCGCUCCCGCGGAAGCAUGGUCGCUUCAAGCAUCGCCAACUACACGAGCGUGAUCGCCGAGCUGAUACAGGACGAGGUUCUGCAACUCACCGAAGAGGAUCGCGAGAAUAUCAAACGGUUGGGCCUAGGCUGGCGUGGAGUCGAAGAGAUCAGAGCGCGAGGAGUCGUCCAAAGGAUCGAAGGACUGUUGGCCAAGCUCGAGCGUGACUUCUUGGCAAUAGAUCUCGAAGCUGAAGCUUUGAAAAAUCGCAGUCACGGCUUCGGAACGAGUGAGUGGCUGGCUUGAAUCUGGCUGCAGCUCUCCGAUUUAAUGCAAGCUGACCGAAACCCCUGACUUUGAUCCGGGUCUGCAGACAACGAUACGCGCAGCAGUGACAGCGCUCGAAAGCGCUACAAUCGCGUUGCCGCGUCUCUCGCCGAGUACAACAAGCUUGCCGAGACCUGCAAUCGCAGAAUGUAUACCGUUGAAGAAGUACGUUAUGUACACGAGUCUUUACUUAUCGUCACGCUCAUUCUGUUUGUGUCCAUCUGCAGAUGAAACUCCUCACCAAAGACGGCAAGCCUCGAACUGGCUCGAACCUCGGUUGGGCGUCCUCCAUCGCCAGAAGUGUGACAGCAGCGGUGUCGCGACGCGAGAGAGCUCUGGAAGAGCAGGCUCGAUUACAGCUUGAGUACCAGUACGUUGCCUCCCUGUUACCUAUCAUACGUUUUUGACUGACUACUAUUGAUUCUUCCGACCCGGUAGACGAGUAUGGGAGUGGGCCCACGAAAAUCUCCAGUACUGGGAGAGCUUGGCUUCGGCCUUGGCUGAAGAUCAACGCGUCGAUUCACCUGAUGAGGAUGACCAGCGGCCCGCCUGGAAGAAGACUGCUCUCUCUGCGAUUGCAGUCCAAAAGUGCCAGGAGAUUGGUCAACUUAUUCAGAGCUUGGCUUGCCUGCGAAUGUCGAAGCGAACGGAAGGGUUGUGCCAGUUAGGAGACCUGUCCAAAAUCCGUGCUCGGGGACCCAUUCCGGAUCUCGGUUCCGACCUCGCGAUGCCGACUUUGGCAUCCGACGACAAUUCGGCCGACGACGAGGCUGACGACCCUGAGGGGAUUACACGAACGCUUUCCGAGCAUGCGGAUGUGAUACAGGGGGAAGCCGAGCUCGACACCGAUCCCGACACCCAUCUCAACGGAGCUGCCGGUGUUGACGACAACGACUUAGAGCUUGAGAACGACGAAGAAGGCGAAGAUGAGCUUGAAGCGCGUUGGUGCGCGUUGGUGCGAGGAUGA